GUCGAAUAUCGCUUACGUGGCUGAAAAUGGUAGACUAAGCGCAGUGCGCACGAAGGCACAGAUUAGUUGUGGGGGGCUAGGAUCUCCUCGGUCCUCUUUCUUCUGCUUCUUUCUCCCUCUCAUUUGCCAUCUAUGUGUCAGUGUCAGCUUCAACUAAGGUGGAGUGAACAACUGAAAUAAUAAUAAUAAUAUAAAUAAUUUACAAUAAUUUUCUGAUAAUUGUUUAUAAGAAGUAUUCCUUCCAUCUUUGUUGCUUUUUCUACGAUUCAAGUGCCUGGGUCUCUUUCUUCUUUGGCCUCUUCAUCAACACCAAGCUUAAACUAGAGAAAGAGGGGAGCUUUGCUUAUUCCCGUAAACCAAAGUCUCUUCGUAUUGAAUUUGGUAAGUCUCAAAGGUACACCAUUUGCAGCUUAAGCUUUAAUGGUGGUUUGAGCUGCGGUGUUUGGAGAGUUUUUAUUUUGGUCAACUAUGGAUCCAUAUUCGAAGAGGAAGAAGGAAUUGCCCGAACGGCCACCCGAGUCAACUCGGCCGUCUCCAUUUCCCGACGAGGUACUGGAGCUAGUUCUGGGUCUUUUGAAAUCUAACAAGGACCGGAGCUCGGUUUCUCUAGUGUGCAAGGACUGGUACAACGCGGAGAGCUGGUCACGUACUCAUGUUUUCAUCGGCAACUGCUACUCCGUUUCUCCCGAGAUUGUCGCUCGUCGGUUCCCGAAAAUCCGGAGCGUUACUCUCAAAGGGAAGCCCAGGUUCUCGGAUUUCAAUUUGGUUCCUAGGAAUUGGGGUGCUGAUAUUCAAUCUUGGCUUGUCGUUUUUGCCUCCAAGUACCCAUUUCUAGAGGAGCUUAGGCUUAAAAGAAUGACUGUCACUGACGAGAGCUUGGAGUUUUUGGCUCUCAACUUUCCAAACUUUAAAGCUCUAUCCCUUCUGAGCUGCGAUGGGUUUAGUACCGAUGGGCUUGCAGCCAUUGCUACUCAUUGCAAGAAUUUGACUGAGCUUGACAUACAGGAGAAUGGCAUUGACGAUAAGAGUGGCAAUUGGUUGGGCUGCUUGCCUGAAAACUUUUCUUCAUUGGAAGUACUGAACUUUGCCAACCUGAAUAGUGAUGUCAAUUUUGAUGCACUUGAGAGACUAGUUAGUAGGUGCAAAUCAUUAAAGGUUCUGAAGGUCAACAAAAAUAUUUCCUUGGAACAACUUCAAAGGUUGCUUGUUUGCACCCCACAAUUAACAGAGCUUGGUACUGGCUCUAUUUCACAAGAGCUCACUGAACGCCAAUACACUGAGCUUGAAAACACAUUCAAACAUUGCAAGAACCUAGAUACCCUUUCUGGUUUAUGGGAAGUUAUGACGCCAUAUUUACCAGUUCUCUACCCAGCUUGUACAAACUUGACUUUCUUAAAUUUGAGCUAUGCUGCUUUGCAAGGUCUGGAACUUGCUAAUCUUCUUCGUCACUGCCCACAACUCCGUCGUCUAUGGGUCCUGGACACUGUUGAGGACAAAGGACUGGAGGCUGUUGGAUCAAACUGUCCUUUGCUGGAGGAACUCCGUGUCUUCCCUGCUGAUCCCUUUGAUGAGGAAAUUGUCCAUGGGGUGACUGAAGCAGGGUUUGUUGCUGUGUCUUAUGGUUGUCGGAGACUUCACUAUGUUCUCUAUUUUUGCAGGCAGAUGACUAAUGCUGCAGUAGCAACAAUUGUGCAAAACUGCCCAAAUUUCACCCAUUUCCGUCUCUGCAUUAUGAAUCCAGGUCAACCAGAUUACAUGACAAAUGAACCCAUGGAUGAGGCUUUUGGUGCAGUUGUGAAGACUUGCUCUAAACUUCAGAGACUUUCGGUUUCAGGUCUCUUGACUGAUCUGACAUUCGAGUAUGUUGGGAGGUAUGCCAAAAAUUUGGAAACUCUUUCUGUAGCUUUUGCUGGCACCAGUGACUGGGGGAUGCAAUGUGUGUUGGGAGGUUGUACAAAGUUGAGGAAACUUGAGAUAAGGGAUUGCCCAUUUGGAAACGCAGCACUUCUCUCGGGUUUGGAGAAGUAUGAAUCUAUGAGGUCACUUUGGAUGUCAUCCUGCAAUGUGACAAUGAAUGGCUGUCGGCUAUUGGCAAGGGAGAUGCCACGAUUGAAUGUGGAGGUAAUGAAGGAGGAGGGGAGUGAUGACAGUCAGGCUGAUAAAGUUUAUGUUUACCGUUCUGUUGCAGGGCCAAGAAGAGAUGCCCCUCCUUCUGUCCUGACUCUUUCAGUUUUCACAGAAGGCACUUCACCAAAAUGCAGACGUUGGGGAUGCAAUCCAUAUUUUUGUGAUAUGGAUGGUUAGAAAGAAGAUGAGAAGGGUCAAUGAAAAUUGAAUUCAUUCUUCUGCUGUUUAUUCUCUCAUGCUGAGAAUAUUGGAAUAUGGAAGUGAAAACGAUACAAUAAAAACAAAGCUCAUUCAUCAACAAUCUCCAGUGGAGCAAACAAGUUUGCUUCAUCUACUUGAUUUACCACGCCCCUAAAUAGCAGAAUUGCAAGACUGCCAGUAUAGAAGUAGAUGAAGCAGCCUUGGUAAUGGGUCACGAAGGAACUCUGCCCACUAUGCAAUGCCACCCAGGUCCAUGUAGCCUGUCAAAAUCCUGCAAUAACAAGAGAGACUCAAACAUCCUUUUCCUUAAUUAUUGAAUUCACAAUAUUGAAUUGGUAUGGGUCUAAUAUCAAAUUGGUUGAGGAGUUACCUCUUUUAUGAAGCAGGCGAUACCAGUUGAUUCGGUGACAUCAAAGAUAUCAAGGGCCAUUGCAGCUAAGUGAAGGGCAUCCUGCUGCACGGUUUGAAGCAUGUCAGUCGCACCAGCAACAGCUUUGCCUUCUAACUUGGCUCAAGAAAGCUAUGUUAUUGAGAGAUGGUGAGAGAAAUAAAAGGAGAAAGCAGUGGAUAUUGAAGGCGAGGUUUCUGGUGGGCUUUUAUAGACCCACAUCAACUGGUGUGGAAAAAGCCUGGUAUUGUAAUUCACAGUCUGAUGGAAUCGAUACGUUCGGAUGCACCUAUAAAUAUGCAAGUGCAGUGGACAAAGGACCAAUUCUGAUCAACAUCUUGUUGGGUGGUCAGUGGCCAAAGAGAAUUGUAUCUGGGUCCAAAUUAUCUUGGAGAUGUGGUAUGUUUGUGGUUGAAUGGCUACUAUUUGCCAAUAAUUUCCUGGAUCCUGGCGAAUGUUGUAACGUUGAUGACCGUUUGUCUUUUUGUCUGUGCUUCUGCAUCUUUUUCUUUUCAUUUUAUUUUAUUCCAAAGACCUUUGAAUUGGCUUUUGUUCUUAGGUCUAUUCAUUUGAAUCGAUUGAUAGUUAGGCUCUUCCUAAGAAUCUGGAGUCUUGGACUGAUGGAAAUGGAUACUUUCGAAGUUUUCUCUCUUU